AACAAAGAAAAUAAGUGAUUGAAUUUUUGGCACAUUUAUUAAUAUUUUACUCCAUCACUAAUAUCAAAUCCAAUGGUAGAACUAAUCCAACAGAAUUUACUUAUACAUUAAUUCCGGAGAAUGUCUUUCCUAAAUAACUUUUUUGUAAAAACGGAACGAAAUUUUAAUUGUGCAGACGACAUAGAACCAUUUACGUGUAAAACGUGCCAACAUUUCCAAACCCAUUGUCUAGUCCAGUUGCAAGAACACGGAAUAAACCACAAGAGUGAAGUAUCAAAUUUACAAAUUAAAAAAUGUGAAGAAUGUAACUUCGAAACCUAUUCCGACUAUCUGCUAUCCAGACACAAUUAUUUUUGUGCCCCCACAAACCCUCAAGAACUUAAACCAAAAAAAAUUUAUCGAUUUCCUUGUGAACAAUGCAAUUCUAGAUUCAAAAGGCGACAUCAUCUACAAAGACACACUGCAGCGAAACAUUUAUCAGAAAACGAAAUCAAAUGGCACCAGUGCCCACACUGCACAUCCAAAUUCAAAGAAAAAGGAACUUUAAAACUUCACAUCAUAGCAAAACAUCUACCCGAAGACGAAAUUCGUUGGUUAAAAUGUGACCAGUGCCCCUCCAGAUUCAAACAGAAAUACCGCUUGAAAUACCACGUCGACACCGUCCACGUCCUGGAAGACCAAAUCCAGUGGGUCAAGUGUGACCAAUGCACGUCCAAAUUCAAACACAAGAGUUAUUUAAGAGACCACAUUAUAAUGAAACACCUACCGGAGCAAAAAAUUCGAUGGUUCCAGUGUGACCAGUGCGCAGCCAAGUUCAAACUCAAGUACCUUCUGCGGAGACACUUCAGCGCGAAGCACUUACCAGAAGACGAAAUUCAGUGGUUCCACUGUGAACAGUGCUCAGCUAAAUUCAAGUGCAAAUCAAACUUGACGAGUCACUUUCGAGCGAAACACUUAGCGGAAGAUAAAAUUCGGUGGUUCCAAUGUGAACAGUGCGUGUUUAGAAGCAAGGAAAAACGACAUUUGCAGUACCACAUUUCCGAGAGACAUCUGCCAGAGGACGAAAUCGAGUGGCUACAGUGCGAACAGUGCACGUCUCGGUUUAAGAGGAGGUCGAAUUUGAAAAUGCACGUUAAAGCUAAGCAUGUACCGGAGAGCGAAAUUGUGUGGGAGCUGUGUGAUCAGUGUCCGGCCAGGUUCAAGCAGAAGAGGUCGCUGAAGCAGCACGUCGUAUCCAAACAUUUGUUAAAAGCUAAAGACUAGUUGUAAAAAUGUUUU